AUGAAAGCCUCGGGGCCAGUCGUGGUAGGUGGCCCCUUCAAUGUGCACGUGGACUUUGAGUUCUCGUGGUCCGGACAAGACCCGGGAGAUAUAUUCGAGUUCGUCGAAAAGCUGGGCGAAGGAGCGUUUGGCGCGGUGCACAAGGCCGUACACAAGGCCAGCGGGUUCCUCCUGGCAAUCAAGGUGCUGGCCAUCGGCGACCCCAACUCGGAGGUGAACAAGGACAUCCGCAAGGAGAUCGACAUCCUCCGCAAAUGCAAAUCGCCCCACAUCGUCAGCUACUUCGGGACGGCCCUCCAGAAGGCGCCCGACGACACCCACGACCUCUGGAUCAUGAUGGAUUACUGCGGCAAGGGAUCGGUGCGGGACAUUAUUUGCCGACUCGAGCGCCCUCUGACGGAGAGGGAGGUGGCGGAGGUCAUGCAAGGCACGCUCCUGGGCCUGGCCUACCUCCACUCCCUCGGGAUCACCCACCGCGACGUCAAAGCCGCCAACAUCCUCCUCACUGAGAAGGGCCAGGUCAAGAUCGCUGAUUUUGGAGUGUCGCAGCAGUUGACCGGCACGGUCGGUGGCGGGGACACCCUCACGGGCACUCCGCUUUGGAUGGCGCCUGAGGUGGUGCAGCGACGAAUCACGCCCGAGCAUGACAUAUGGAGUUUGGGCAUCACGGCCAUCGAAUGCGCCGACGGGUGGCCGCCCCACGCCGACCUCAAGCCCAUGCGGGCGAUGAUGGGAAUUCCGGUGCGGCCGCCGCCCACGUUGGCCGACCCGCGCAAGUGGUCCAAGGAAUUCAACUCCUUCAUCGCCUCCACCCUCAUCAAGGACCCCUCCAAGCGACCUUCGGCCGUGGAGCUGCUGCAGCACCCCUUCAUCACCAAGAAUGCGCGGAAUGUCGACCCGCUCAAGGACCUCCUCGCCGCCUCCCCCAAGGGCGUCUGGGAGGUGAAUUUUGCAGAGCUGCACGCGCUGUUCAGGGAGGGCGGGGAGGCGGGGCAGCACACGGGGAGGGUCAACCUCAAAAUUUACCACGACCACCUCCACCGCAAGCGCCGCGAGCGAGAGCGGUUCCUGCCGGAUUUCCUGCAGCGCGGCGGGCAACAGACCGUCAGCGACGGACCGACCGGGCCGGCCCCGCCCGCCCCUGCUCGGCCAAAGAGGGUGAGCGCGACAUGUCCGCCCUCGCCCGGACCCACCGGCGACCUGGGCACGGCGGUGAUCAACGACACCUCCGACGUGCGCACCAUGGCCACGCCCCUCUACCUCCGCAAUCGCGGCGUCAAGGCCACCGCCGAUGACGACGGCGACGACGACGAUGGCGGCAACUAUGAGUUCUCGGACACGGUGGCGGUCAAGACCGUCGUCACGCCGGCGGCCUCGGCCAAGCAGGUGCCGACCGCCGCGGCCGCAGCGCCGCCGGCCGGGAAGAGGAAGAAGGAGGACUCGGGGCCGCUCAACACGAAGCGGAACGCCAUCUACAUUCCUACAUUCCUCGCGCGCAGCGUCAGCCUCUUCCGCGGAAAUGCAUCGGCGCCUGCCGGCGACGGGCCGACGACGACGACGCCGUCGUACGCGAUGGCGCUCAGCGCAAAGGGCGACGGGCCCGCGGUGGCGGCGGGUGCGGCCGCGCAGCCGUACGGGCCGGGCAAGGCGUCGGAGAAGGGCGGCCCGCUCCUGCAGAACGGCGGCCUCGUUGGUCCUGUCGGCCUGCCCGGGUGGCGCAUGCAACGGCGACUCAGCCGAUAUCUUCCCAACGACCGGAGCGUGAUCACGUACAGCAUGGUGGUGGUCCUGUUCCUGUCGCUGCUGCUCAACGUGUACCUCCUCUUCUGGGCCGACCGCGGUGCGUCGCCGCCAUCAUCCGCGUCGGCCUACUACCGCCCGGCGGGCCGUGCGGAGCAAGCCGACGCCCUCCACCAGCUGGGCAAGCUCGUGGACUGGCUCACCAGCAGCCUCGGCCGCCACAAGUGA